UAUUUUCAGACAGCGCAACUAUCCGAACCGCAUCAUUUAAAUAUGUGCAUACGCUAUCAACUGAUCAGCAUAUUAUUAUUAGAUGUUUUUUUUAUUUAUUUUUAAAUAUUUAAUUUUUAUUUAAAAGGAUGUUUACGACAAGCGUACAAACAAGCAUAUAAUGUGAAAUGUGACGAAAAUUAAAAAGCAAAGGUAAAAAGUGCCAUCAGGAAGCACUUGUGAUAUAAUCUUUAGUUUCAUUUACAUUAAAUUAUGACUAAAAUUAGGUUUAUUUUAAAAAUAGAUUUCCGAAAGUAUGUUUAAAUUAUUUAAAAAGUGAAAACAAAGAGCGAUUUGUUGUUGUGUUAAAAAUAAACGAAAGCGAAAAGUGAAGCAAGAAGCAAAAUAGAUAAGUUGUUUUAAAAGUGAUUCAUUCGAGCGAAUAAUUGAAACAAGGAAUAAACGAUAAAGUCACAAAAGUGAUAGGAAAAAUAAACCAUAGCCAGGAGAAGUAUGGAUCCUUUAGAUUACUCAGACGCGAUCAAUAUACGAAGAAGACGCCGGAUAGGCCGAUCAGUGCGUGAGAAAACACCUGAGCCUAGCUUCCGCAAACGCUCCUCAGGAGAUGACAGCAGUCUACUAGAUCUCGACGCUACUCCGGAGGAUAUUAAUGCAGCUCAAGUUAUAAGCAUGCAAAUACGGCCGCCUCGUCCACUUUCCGCUCACGAAAGUAAAAUAUUACGACGUCGAGAUAAAACGUUUGCAACAGCGGCAGCACGUUCUCUUUCACAACCGCGCGAAGCAGAAAAACUAUCAGAUCCAGAAGCGCAUGAGAUAAUACGCAUUGUUAAACGUAGCCGAUCUAUGCCACGCAAAAAAGCAGACGGUGAGUCAAGCGAAGGUGAAAUGCUGUCUAGAGAGCGGACCCUAUCGCCACCAUCUAAACAGUUGCAAUCGCAACAGCAACUAUAUCAGUCAGAAGAAGAUGACAACCUAACAAGGUUGCGACAGAAUAUGGCAAGAUUCGAAGAAGAACGCAAGCGUUUUGAAGUGGAAAAGAGGCUUUUCGAAUUUGAGAAGAGAGAAAAGAAACUACGACACCGACCAAUGUUUGACAGUGACGAAAGAAGAAGACUUUUGCAAAAUUAUCGUCUCCUUAACGAUCGGCUCAAGUUGCCACAAAAUGAAAACGAGAAAAUGCUUUUGAUGCACGAUUCAAAAUCAGAACGAGCUGGAAUAUCUGACACCCCUAUUAAAACUCUUCAAAGUAGACGGCAAAGACGUAGUUUAUAUGAUGAGUCUUCUACACAGUUCUCUUCGUCCGAUGCCGAAACUUCCGAAGAGAACAAAUUACAACAACUAGCCAAGCAAUUAAGCCCCGUCAGAAGGCAUAACAGUGCUUUGGCCAAAUCGCAUACACGUGGUCCUCCUCCUCCCCAGCCACCGAGUAGACGAUCUUUAAGUCGCAAUAACUCUUUAUCCCCUCCUAAGCCACGCAGCCUUUCUAGAACUUCUGAACAAAUAACGGAGAUAAGAAGAAAAUCUUCAGAAAGAGCAAAUAAUAAUUACCCACUGAGCACGGAUUUAGAAUCUGAAAAGGAGCCUUAUUCGAGACCUCUACCACCUCCCAGAAGACGUGAUUCUUUAACCUCAAACGAUUCUGUAACCAAACCCACACGAAAAACAAAGCAAUGUUUAGAGAAGAACGAUCAAAUAGAUGGACAGCCACAAAUUGAUGAGACUCUUCACACGCAAAGUAUGAAGGAAAAAACCUCCUUUUACCAAAGAAUAGUAGAAUUUUUCAAGAAAUCACAAACCAAAGAAGAGAAAAUAGAUGCAGAACCGCUGCCAUCAGUGCCCCCAAACCAAGAUAAUCGAAAUUAUCCAAGUAAAGCAUUCUUGAAAGCAGAAUUCUUACGCUAUCAUAACGAAUGGCAAAAAAUGAAGGCCGCCUAUCCCGAAGAAUUGAAGGAACUCAAAAAAUUGCGCAACAGAUGUUUAGGACAUGCUGUCUUUUUAGCCUUAAUGAUCGGUUUCGGAGGUCUUAUGUUUCGUUACACCGAGGGCUCAGCUGAAAACAUUUACAAAUGCGAAGUACGUAAAGUCAAAAGAGAUUUUAUCGAUGCUCUCUGGACGCACAGCCACUAUAUGAGAGAAGAAGAUUGGAAAAGUUUAGCUCGACAGAAACUGAGGAAAUUUGAAGAAGAAUUGCAUCAUAUAGGUGAACUUGGUAUACGAUAUUUUCCUGGGCAAAAAUCGUGGAAUUUCGUUAAUUGCAUUUUAUACUGUUGGACAGUAAUCACGACUAUAGGUUACGGCCACAUAACACCGAAAACUACUUUAGGACAAUCGUUGACUAUUAUUUAUGCCAUAAUUGGUAUACCGAUGUUUUUAAUACUCUUAGCGGACUUUGGAAAGCUUUUUACAAGAGGCUUCAAGUUCGUUUGGGGAUUUGUACGUCGCCUAUAUUACACAGGUACAUGUCGAAAGAUCCGUAAGCAACAACAAGUGCGCGACGCCAUGACUGGAUUCUCAGCGGUAUACAAUCUGGCUGUAAGAAGGCCUAGCCAUUUCUUCGGCAUGAGAGGAGGUGGCAACGACGUCGAAUCGCAAGCAUCGGAAGCUGGCAAAUCCCAUCCCGAAACACCCUCUUCACCCUAUCCCGAUACGAUUAUUGUUGACGACGAAUUCAAUCUGCCCAUAUCACUAGCGUCCCUUUUGUUAAUUUCCUAUAUCCUUUUGGGAGCCUUCGUGUACACAUUAUGGGAAGAUUGGACCUAUUUCGAGGCUUUUUAUUUUGUUUUCGUAUCUAUGUCCACAAUUGGUUUCGGCGACUUUGUACCGAAUCAUCCGAUAUUUAUGAUGUGUAGUAUAAUAUAUUUAGUGUUCGGUUUGGCUUUAACUUCUAUGUUCAUUAACGUGGUACAAAUCAAAUUGAGUGAUACUUUUAAACAGGCCAGUGCUAAAAUAGGCGUCACCAUUGGUCUAGGAUUAGCCAGUGAAGCAGGCGAUAAUGGUUCUCACGUAAAAACUCCUUCCGAUGUAGCUUCGGUGCAUGGCUUACGUUUAAAUAAAAUUGCCGAAGCUGAUAAUGAAAAUAAAACCACACCAUCGCCGCCUGAAAUGCAAUCAAUUCUGCGAUCGUCGAGGCCCAAUUCGCCGGACAACAAUGAGAAUGAAGAUAAUAGCGAUCCUGAUGCGCCGCCUCCACUAUUGCCGCGUCGACAGGUAGCCAUCGAGCAACCGCCACAGAUAGAAAAAAAGAAAAAAAAAUAUUUCUUCAAAUAGAUAUCGUUCAUAUCAUUCAAAGGCUUCAAAACUCGCGCUCAUACUUUUUCGCUCAUCUUUAUUUCUCAGAUGGAACUUCUUAAUAAAAAAUCCCAAAAUUUAAGCAAUUAUUUAAAAUAAUAAUAACUUUUGCCUAAACGUGAACUAGUUUUAAGAUAUAAAGA